AUGCAGACUGUCCAUCCUGAAGGAGUAAGGAAAGAGAAAUACAGCAAGAAAUGUGACAAGACUGUUGCUAAAAUAUGUGACCAACUUACAUGCUCUACAACUGUGAUGUCUGAAAGUUCGAAGGGAGUGGUAACGGCAAAAGAAGAGUUUAGAGACUGUGCUACCUCAGCUUUAUUUUUCCUUACAUCUCUGCUUAUACUGGGAGUUUUUAUUGCACACAGGAAAACCCCCAUAGUGAGAGCCAACAACCGGAGCCUGAGCUUCCUCCUCCUUGUCUCCAUCAAGCUGAGCUUCCUCAGUGUGUUUCUGUUCCUCGGUCGCCCUGUGGAUAUAACCUGCAUGCUGCGCAUCAUCACUUUUGGAAUCACCUUCUCCAUAGCUGUCUCUUCUCUCCUGGCCAAGACUAUCAUGGUUUGUGUUGCUUUCAAAGCCACCAAGCCAGGGAGCUCAUGGAGAAAAUGGCUGGGAGUCAAACUGUCCAAUUCUGUAGUCUUGUUCUGCUCAUCCAUUCAAAUAAUCAUCUGCAUGACUUGGUUGGCCAUUUCUCCUCCCUUUCAGGAACUGGACAUUCACACUUCCCCUGGAACCAUCAUCAUUCAGUGCAAUGAGGGCUCAGCUAUUGGCUUUUACUCAGUUAUUGGGUAUAUGGGGCUUCUGGCAGCUGUUAGUUUUGUUUUAGCAUUUUUAGCUCGGAGCUUACCGGACAGUUUUAAUGAGGCCAAGUACAUC